AUGGCGGCCGCAGGUCGAUAACCGGAAAUGCGCCAUCAGGGACCGGAAGUGCGGCGUAGACCGUCAGGGCGGCGACCGUGUGUAUAACGGGACCGGAGAAGCGGAAGUGCUGAGGAUCGGUCUUGACAGAGAAUGAUUGACGUCCUACAGAUAUCCCAGUUUCCUAGUGACUAUGUCAGGACCACUGACUGAGAAGACCUCCAUGUCUGCCCUCACCCUCAGCCUCCUCACUUCUCACAACGACCUCCUGUCUUCCAAGAGUCGUCAGAUCUAUGCCCACACUGAUCUGCAGAGCGCCAUGGGGUUAAUGACUGCAGAGCUGGGGUGCGGGGCCCCAUCAGACCGCACCAACCCAAAAUGGCUUAAGGAAGGGCAGAACCAGCUACGUAAAGCGGCCGAACAUGAGAAGGAAGACCAGAACUGCAACCCUGAGCCUGAGUGCAUGAACAAAGACUGGACCAACUGCAACCAAGAGAAAGAGGAGAGGAGAACGGAGGAGCUGGAAGUGUCCGCACUGAACUGUGUGAACCGCAGCAGCAUGAACUCGUCUCCUCCACUGCUCAUCCAGGAUGGAGAUGACGAGGAUGAUGAUCUGACUCCUGCCCAGAGCGAGGUCACUGACCCCAUUACUACUGAGACCUCCGAGCUCAGUUCUGAGGUUAUGCAGGAAAAUGGAAAGGGCAGAGAGAAUGGGCGCAGUGCCAGUCUCCUUUUUGGCAUGCGAAAUACUGGUGGAAGUGAUGAGGACUCCAGCUGGGCAACGCUUUCCCAAGGAAGCCCGUCCUAUGGUUCCCCUGAUGACACAGAUUGCUUCUGGCAACGUAACUCUCUGGACACGGACUCCGAUUUGCCCUCUGGUUGGAUGCGUGUGCAGGACACCUCAGGAACUUACUACUGGCAUGUACCCACUGGCACCACGCAGUGGGAGCCACCGUCAGAUCUGGGCAGUGAGGAGCCAAGGAUGUACUCUCCGUCCACCGAGCAGACCCCCACGGAGGAGUUCUCGCAGGAGGAGUUAUCAGACAUCAGUCACCACGAGGCCGAAGACGUCACCUGCCACAUCAACACCCUAAAUCUCAGCUCUGUUCAUUUAGAAGAAGAGAAAGGGCCACUUCUGAUCUCGGACUCGGGGCCACAGAGGUUCCCGGUUUGCUCUCUGGGUUGGGUUGAAAUGACAGAGGAGGACUUGGCCCCAGGACGGAGUAGUGUGGCCGUGAAUAGCUGCAUUCGACAGCUUUCUCUUCACAACCAGAGCCUAAGGCAGGGGAAAGACAUGCUGCUGGUGCUGGAUGAUGACUCCCUGAAGCUCUAUGACUCCUCUGGACAGACACUGCUGCACUCACAGCCCAUUGUCAGCAUCCGUGUGUGGGGCGUGGGGCGAGAUGAUGGCAGAGAGAGGGACUUUGCUUACGUAGCGAGAGACAAGCUGACGCAGCUGCUGAAGUGUCAUGUGUUCCGAUGUGAGAUGCCGGCCAAGGCUAUAGCGACAGGUCUGCACAGCGUCUGCUCCCGGAUAAUGGCUGAAAGAAGAACCACUCGAUCCCUCAUGGACGGGCUGUUACUGGACCAAUCUCGGCUGGUGGACGUCCCUUUCCAAGUUGAGUUUCCAGCUCCAAAGAAUGAACUUGUUCAGCGUUUCCAGGUAUUCUACUUGGGGAACGUCUCUGUCCAUAAACCUGCGGGAAUGGACCUGAUAAACAACACCCUGCAGACUGCACUGAGCACCGACCGCGCUGACUGGACCCCCGUCAUUGUUAAUGUGGCCUCAGCGACCGUAACCGUCUUACACCAGCAGACGGAGGCGACUCUCAGUGAAUGCCGCGUCCGAUUCCUUUCUUUCAUGGGGGUCGGACGUGACGUCCACACAUUUGCUUUCAUCAUGGCAGAAGCCCCGGGAAUCUUCAUCUGUCACAUGUUCUGGUGCGAACCCAACGCUGCACAUCUGUCGGAGGCUGUUCAGGCUGCCUGCAUGCUGCGAUAUCAGAAGUGCUUGGACGCGCGGCCUCAGAGCGUCUCCUGUCUGCCCGCUCCUCCUGACUCAGUUGCCCGCCGCGUCGGCUCCAGUGUCCGAAGAGGAGUGCAGUCCCUGAUCGGCUCCUUCAAAACCAAGCGUCCUGGAGGACAGACACCUUGACUCUUCUGUGACAUCUGCCCCCGCCCUGCGCGGUCUG